GCUUCUUCAAUUAUUCAAGAGUACACCGAAAGCAGAGACUUGUGACCACAAAAAUCAAAGAAAUUACGCACGAAAAAUAUCUUGAAAAUGCCAUAAGUUGUAUAUAGAUACACAGCCACCGUAGACUCAUCAGAUACACACACACAUACACAAACACACACACACACCCGCGGGGAAGAUAUAGACAAACUCGAACUGUGGCAAACUAUUUCCGUAUUGAGUUCUCUUCUUCAAUGCCCUGCAUCAGAUCUAUUUGGGCAUAUUGCAAGGCAGCUUUUCGCUUUUUCAUACAUUCAAACAAACACUUGAACUAUGAAAUAACCAAAUUGAAACCCUUUAAAAUUCCCAGAUAAACGUUUUUCUGACCUCUAAAUAAUUUAUUUUUCCCUUAAUGUCUUACAUCCUUUAUUCUUGAGCAUUUAUCAAAUGAAAUUCAAGACAAAAAUGUGUGUUUUGUGACAUUUUUAAAAAUGUAUUUUCAAAAGCAUAUAUUCAUUGGCUUAAAUUCCACAAACAAAUUAUGAACGUGUUCCAAAAACAUUUUCUAAUAUUUAUGGAUGCGCCAAAUAUAUUUUCGAAACGUACGAUUCGUUUCUCUUCACAUGACUUUAUGAGUUUGUUUGGCUUGUGGAAAUUGCAUUGACCUAGAAGCUAUACCAACUGUAUUGUUGUUUUUUCGGUCUCUUGGAUAUUUUGAUGUCUUUGGAAUACCCUGCAUUUUGUUUUGGUUUUGCACAGUUCCCUCAAUUACUCCCACUCUCUCUCUCUCUCUCUCCCACUAUCUUUUUAUGCCUAUUUUUCUCUGUGUGUAUUUUGAAAAUGAGCAUCAUUAUGAAUUCCCCGAUUUGUUUUACUGUGUGUAUAUUUUCAAAUACUUGCAUCCGAUUUGGGCCGUGCUCGCCAGUGUGUGAGUGGGAUGAUGGGGAACUGGCUCCCGGCUGAGAUCGUCGAAGGCCCACGGCCCAUUCCUUGUCCGUCGGUCGCCAGCGCCACGAGGAGCGGGAAACGCGGUCUUCAAAAAUAUUUCAAAAAUUGAAAUCGCAGCUAAAAUCGAACAUACCCCUAAAAAAAUAAAGAAAAAACGAGAGCGAAAGUUCAGCAUUCAAAACGCAAACGCAAUUUAAUUUGGCCAAAACAAUUCGAGACAAUCAGGGACAAAGGCGCGAUCUCGACGGCGAAAAAAUAAACCUGAAAACAUAACGAUUUCGGACGCGUGCCAGUCGGCGGGCGGUGGGCAGUGGGCGGGGCGGCAGAGACGCCGGCAGCGACGUUGGCGCUGCGCUUUCAUAUGAUUUUCCGCUCGUAGUGCUCUUUUUUGUUAUUUUCUUUUCGUUUUUUUUUUUUUGCCGGCUGUCGGCUGUCGUGAGCAGAAAUGCCGCCGGCUCUCGGUUCUCCGUUCAGUUCUGGUUGAGUUUCUGGCGACGAGUGUCACACACAGAGGGAACUAGAAAUAAACGACAUCGAAAGACGAAACAACAUCCAAGUUGUACUGUAGAUUCUGGCUGAUUAAGAAACACGAAACACACACGCACACACACAUAUUUCUCACACUGCAAACUGCAUUAGUUCUGAUCGAGCGAAAGUGGACGUAGACGAUGCCCAAUAACCGCAAUCGUAAUCGCAAUCGAAAUCGCAACAAACGCAAUCGAAACCAAAAUCAAAAUCAAAACCCUAAUCAAAAUCAAAACGAUAACGAAAACGAAAACAGUCAGCAGCAGGCAGAGGGGGCGGAGGAGCGGGAGGAGCAGCAGGAACAUCAGGAUUCUCAGAUCGCAGUAGCAACUUCUUCUUCCUCCAUAGAUGAUAAUGGAAAUUCUGGCAGCGUUUCAAAUGGGCCAGCGGAAAACAGCGAAGCUGUUGUUGUUUGCGACGACCAGUGUGUGACGAGCACUCUUGAGAAAACCGAAGAAAUAGAUAAAAUAUCCGAGAAACCAGCAACAGUCAUCCAACAAGAAGAAUAUUUAGACGCUGAAAUGGGUGCCAAAAACUCAAAACAUCGCAAGGAAAAGUCCGAUAAGCAGGCCACCAAUGGAAGAGCCGAAGAGCAGGUGCGUCCACCACCCACAAUUAUAAGAAGGCCACCAGGCAGUCCGCGCCAAGCCAAGGUCAUAGUUCAUCGCAUUGUGAGGGAGGGGGAGGCCAAGGCAAAUGGCCAAGUUGAAGCACAGCAGCAACACAAGAUGGCGGAAUCCAAGGAGCAGCACUUGGAGGUUGAGGCAUCAAAGAAAGAAACACAGCAAAAGGAAGCAACUCAACAGCAACUUUCAGAAACUAGUCAGCUAUUAGAAGACGCACAGCAGCAACAUGUUGCAGUUGCACAAAGUCUACAGGUUCAGGAAGGCAAAGAAGACGAUGAGCCAUCACCAAAGCAAGAUGAAGUGGAUAAUUCAGAGAAGCAACCACUUAAAGUGGAACCCCCAAAGCAGCAGACACUACAACAGCAGCAUGAGACAAAAGAACCGGAGCAAUAUGUGUUGCAGCUUGAAAAAGCCAUGGAAUUUGUAGAGAAUGCACACCAGCAACAUAUGGCUGUUGUACAAAAUCACCAAAAACAAGAAGGUAUAGCACAACAACAACAACAUCAGCAACAUGAAGCACAAGUGCAACAGGAGAUGCAAGAGGCAGAGCAGCAACAGGAGUUGAAUAAUGCCCAGCAGCAACAUGUUGCUGUUGCACAAAGCCCGAAGGAUCAAGAAGGCUCUAAUGCACAACAACAGCAACCGGUAUCCUUAAUGAAUAAUGUCCAUCAGCAACAUGUCUCCAAAUCUUCAGAAAAAAUCCUUCAACCCGAGCAGCACACCUCCAAGGUGAUUAUCCACCAAAUCCGGUUGGAAACCAAUGACGAAGAACGUGCGCGAAAGGGUAAGCCCACCUUCGAGGAAAUCAGCAGUACUUCCGGCUCUCUGGCCGGAACUCUGUCCCCGCCGCCCCGCUAUUUGGUGGAAUCGCCCAAGAACGUGUCGAGCGGUGGCCAAUUCUCGCGCUUCUCGCGCGACGUGCAAAUCCAGGAGCUGGAACUGAACAGCGAUUGCAGCUCCGGCGAAUUCAACUCGCUGCAAUCCCCGCUGGUCUGCGAAGCGGACUCCGAGUCGGAGGGAUCGACGGCCUUGGGGCCAGAGCGAUGCCCGUCGGAUCAGCAGAUGGUGCCGUCCGGCAGCGGACGAGUGGAGCAGCAGGAGCAGCUGCGUCAGAAGCGCGCCCAGAAACGGAACGCACUGGAGUCGCACUUCCUGCCGCAGCUGCUCAAUCCCCGCUACCUGGACAGCAUCCUGGAGGAGAAUGGCGGCGAGGCGAUGAGUUUCCGCAACUCCUCCAAUCCAUCCGAUCAGGCGGGAAUGCGCACGCCCAAGCUGAACGAAACCUUUCCCAAGAGCCAGCUGGACUUUAGCCGUCGGCACAAGCGACGCGAAGAGGCCCCCUCGCCGCUGAAGCUGGAGACCAAGCUGCUGGAGGAGUCCGCCGAUCUGGAGAGCUGCACCCGUCUGCAGAGCGCCCUGUCGCCACAAUCCGAGGACGCCGAACUGGUCUACCUGAGCUCCUCGGCCUCCAGCAGUGUGUCGGACCUCAUGGAACUGGAAUUGGAGCAGGCGGCCGCUCUGGCCGAGAGGGCUCUGGUCGAUCUGGAUACGGAUGCCAGCCGUCUGAUCCUGCGGCCGGAUGAUGAGAUGAGUAGCACAAGCACUACUACGGCGGACAGGAGUGAGACCGAAGCGGAAACGGAAACGGAAAUGGAAACGGAGACGGAAAGAGAGGGAGAGAGAGAGGGAGAAGGAGAGGCCGAGGAGAGUCGCGAGAGCACACCUGUUAAUCCGACGCUCGCCAGUUCGCUGUCGUCGCUGCUGAGCGCCGCAACGCCCACGCCAACACCAAUACCAAUGCCUGCCGACCGAGAGCAAUUAGCAAAAGAUACAAAUGUAUCUGGCGGAUCGGCGGUUAGUUUCGGGAUAGCAUCGCCGCUGGCGGCCACGCGCGAGGAGUUCGUUCGCAACAUGGACAAAGUGCGCGAGUUGAUCGAGAUGACGCGGCGCGAAGAGGAAAUGGAAGUCCCUUCGACCGGUACGACGCGUUCGCCGUCGCCGCCGCCCGUUCCCCCGCCCCCCGUAGAGUCGUCCACCCCUUCCACAGCCUCCGGUUCCAGUUCCCUGUUCCACCUCACUCCCUUGCAUUUGAGGCGGCAGGAGUCGAACGACUCCCACUGCUCAGACAGCACCACCCACAGCCAAUGCACGGCCAUCAACGUGGCCAGUCCCCCUCCCCCCGCACAGCCACCCACACCGCCACUUAGACAAAAGCCUGCACCACCACCACCACAAUCACCACUACCAGUACCACCACCACCCACAACCCAAUCAGAGCCAGAGCUUUCAGUUGCAGAUUCGGGAGAUGCAGAUGCAGAUACGGAUGCCAUAAAGAAGCUGCGUCUGCUGUGCACCGAGCAAUUGGCCUCCAUGCCCUAUGGCGAACAAGUGCUCGAGGAGUUAGCCAUCGUGGCCCAGAAUAUAGCCGAUCAGUCGCACAACAAGAUGCCCUAUCCACUGCCCCAGUUGCCGCACAUCAAGGAGCUGCAGUUGAACGCCGGCGAGGGCAAGUCCUCCUCCUCCUCCGCCUGGCUGGGAUUGCCCACUCAAUCGGAUCCGCAGUUGCUGGUAUGCCUAUCACCUGGCCAGAGGGAACUGCUGGAUGCUCAAACACAACCGGAUGAUCUGCUAGAUGCCCACCAGAAGUUCGUGGAGCGAAGGGGCUACCAUGAGUUGACCAAGGCCCAAGUUCUCGAGCAGGAUCAACAGCAGCAGCAGAGGCAGCAACAGCAGAGCGAGAUGCUCAAGACCGCGGCCAUGAUGCGCGAGUUGCGCAAGAGCCUCUCGCCGCCGGCACCGCCCCUCCCACCGCCGCCCGUGCCGCUGAAGAGCGCCGAAACGGCGGCCAAGGCGACCGCUCGUGAAAACGCCAAGAGAGAUGACGUAAGCGAGCAAAAGCAGAUGAAAUCGUCAUCGCUUGAAAAUAAACCAAGGCGAGCAGCUGAUCUCGGUGAGCAACAGCAGCAGCCGCAGCAGCAGCAGCAGUCGGCAGAGCACCGCCAGAGCAGCAGCAUCACCACCACCACCACAUCGGAAGCCAUGUCCAGUGCAGCCACAAGCAAGUUUCCCACGCUGGAAAGCAUGGAGAGCGAGCUGGCCAGGAUGUUCCCGCAGCACAAAGGCGACAUUUUCGAGGAGCAGCGCAAGCGCUUCUCCAACAUUGAGUUUCCCAGCAGUCACGGUCAACAGACCGGCAGCCAGAGUCAGACCAAGCGGUACUCCAACAUUGAGACGAGCAGCUACGAGUCCAAGAAGCGUUUGGAGAACGGUCAGGUGGUCUACGAUGUGAGCACCUCCAGUCGCGAGAAGAAGGAGCAGGGCGAUCCGCCAAAAGAGCAGCCCGCACCACCGCCCAUCCCGCCGCCGCCAAUUAUGUCAGCAACGAAAUUAAACGGCGGCACUUUCAUUGAUGGAGACGUGGCGCCCAAAAAUAGCCAGCCAACAAAAGAGAGCGGCAACGGUACGUAUGAGGAAUUUCGGCAGCGUGCCAAGGCCGCGGCGGAUGCUUUUGGAGCAGGAGAUCAGCAGCAACAUAAUGGCCUGGAUCACGACCGCGUGUUCAAGGACUUCGACAGGCUAUCGCAGCAGAUGCACGCCGAGCUGCAAAGCAGCCGCGAAAGGCGGGAGAAGUCCGCCUCCAUGUACGAUCUCAGUGGCUUCACCCGACCGUCGGCGGCGGCGGCGGCGGCGGCGGCGGCGGCGGCGGGUCAUCCGAAGCUGGAGGAACUGCAGCAGCGGCGACACGCCCACAUGCAGGAGCUGGAGAAGGAAAUCGAGCGGUCGGCCAAGUCGCGUCUGGAGCGCAUGUCGUCGGUGCCGCGCCAAAUGGAGGCCACACCGCCGCAAACCCAUGAGAUUCCCAUAGAACUAGAGUCCCGAUCCCGACGUGCCGAAUCGCUGUGCAAUCUGAAUGAGCCACCGCCACGGCCGCACACCACAGUGGGUCACUACAGUCACCAGGCGGCCCAGGACGACUGGUCGCGCUAUGCCAGCGAUUUGGGCUACUCGGAGAACAUAGCUCGACCUUUUGCCAGGGAGGUGGAGAUCUGCUACCAGCGACAGAACCAGAGAUGCCCACCACAUGGCAUCAGGGCCCCGCGACUCUCGGCCAGCACCAAUGACCUGAGCAGCUCCAGCCAGUACAGCUUCGAUAGCUUCAAUGCCUACGGCGGCAGGCGGACCCAUGCCCCCAUGAUGAACCAGGCGCAGCAGCAGCAGCGUCCGCACUACGGCAGCUGUUACUCCAUGAUCGAGAGGGAUCCCAAUCCCCGGUACAUAAGCACCACCUCGCGAAGGGGCGUGAGUCCGGCACCGCCGGCAGUGGCACCACCACCAUCACUAUUAGCACCACCGCAACAACAGCAGCAACAGCAGCAACAGCAGCAGGUGCCGCCACCCGCCUACGAUCGCCAGCAGAGGAGGUCAUCGCUGCCCAGGGAGCUGCACGAGCAGCAGCUGAAGUACAUACUCUCCAAGGAGGAGGAGCUCAAGUUCGAGGUGGAGCGACUGCAGCAGGAGCGGCGCCGUCUGAUGGAGGAGAUGCAGCGGGCGCCGGUACUGCCGGCCCCUCAGCGCCGGGAAAGCUACAGGCCCGCCGCCAAGCUCCCUACAUUGAGCGAGGACGAGGUCUUCCGGCAGCAGAUGGCCGAGGAGUGGAUGAACAAGGUGGCCGAACGGGAGGAGCGGCGCCAGCACAAGAUCAUACGCAUAUCGAAGAUCGAGGACGAGCAGGACCACUCCGCGGUGGACAGGGCCACCAUAAGCGAUGAGUUCCUGGACCGCGUGAAGGAGCGUCGCCACAAGCUGGCCAUGCCAGCGGACAGCGACUGGGAGAGCGGGGCGGAGUCGCAGCCCCAGCCGCAGGCGCAGUCCCAGCCCGAGUCGGAUGUGGAGGCGGCACCGGUGCGCAUACUCGAGGGCCAGGCGGAGGCCAAUCUGCGCCAGCUGCCCCGUCACUUGAGGGAGUUCGCCAAGUUCUCCACCAGCGAACAGCUGCCGGAUGGCGGCCAAAUGGAGCGGCACGAGGAGCAGGAGCGCCGCGAGGAGGCCACGGACCACACGCACAGCAGUGCCACCAAGAAGACGAGCAUCGUGAAGACGUACAAGGUGUCGCGUCUGCCGCCUUCCGUCCAGGACAGAGCCACCGCAUCAGGGGCAGACGCAGGAGCGGCAAUGGGUGUCCGGCUGCGACCACGCCCACCCAAGCAGACGCGCUUCCUCCUCAACGCCCAGCAGCUGCAGCAGCAGCGGCAGCGACGCAGCUGGUCGGAAAGCGAUCUUCUGAGGGAGAUCGACAGCGAACUGCAGCUGGCCAAGGGCUUCCUCUACGCCAAUGUCUACAAAGUCAAGCACGAGUAUAUGAGCGAACCGGAGACGGGCAGCGAUCGUCCCCGGAAAAUGGCACAGUUAGGGCGAAGGCAGUACGAAGGCAUCGGUCCGGUGACCAACGAUGGAAUGCCCAUCAUCCUCAGAUCGGAGGUCCAGGAGCCGCAUCAGCAUGAGUGGUACAAGCGUCUGUAUCAGACGAUUCACAAGCAGAAGAAUGGCGAUGAUUACGUGAUUCGCUACAAGUGUCCCAGAGCCCGUCCGUCGUACAAGAGCAACGGCUACGUGUCGGAGCCGGAACCCAACUACGAUUCCGACUACUCUACGCUGAGGUACCGCACCCAGAAUCCGCACCGCGUGCAGUCCGUAUCGUCGGCUGUCAAUGUGCGCAACCUCAACCAGGACGAGAAAUUGUAUGGUACUAUGCCAAAUCCCAUAAAAUCAGCGCAGAACUCGUAUAAAAAUCAGCCAGGUCGCAUCGAGAACUACACGACAGGUCAUUCGUCUGUUUCCGAAAAGGAAAAGAAGGAGUGGUGGGACGAAGUGAUGGACAUCUUUAACGGGAAUCUAGAACAAUCGAAACUAUCACCACUGUAUACCGAAGGUAACUUGUCCAGAGCUCUGGCCAAGGAAUCCGGCUACACCAGCGACUCGAACCUCGUCUUCCGCAAGAAGGAGCUGCCCGUGAGCAGUCCCCUGAGUCCUGUGGAGCAAAAGCAGGCCUACAAGAGUCUCCAGGCAGGCGGAGAACCCCCACUGCUCGGUUUCCGCAAACCAGCGCCCGAGAAACCCCGUGAAAUUGUGGAGGAGUUCGAAUUCAUACAGAUCACUCCCACGCUCACCAAGAUUCGUGUGAGCACCAAGGAGCUGGAAGAAGGGGAAGAACCCUUCAGAAAACCACCCACACCACCGCCUCCACCGCCACCACCGCCGCCACCACCACUACCACCACCGCCCCAUCAAGAUUUGAUUAAGAGGAGGGAGAAGAAGCCGGCGAAGAUGUUCUCGCAGCUGUCGAAGAAUCUGCCCUCGUUCAUUCCGCUGAGCAAGAAGCAGCAGGUGUCGCAACAGGACGACCCUCCUCCCAGGCCGCCCCACCGCAAGUCCAGCUGCACGAAGAGCACCGUUCGAGUGCUGAGCUCCGCCUCGAAGUCCAGGCAUGAGCAAUGCUUCCAGCCACCGAAUGGAGCAAAUGCCUCUGGGGUGUCCACCAUCACCCUGCGCAAGGUGGCCACCUCGAGUUGUUCGCGUCGUGAGCCCAUCUGUCGGUCGAAGUCGGCGGGAGCAGUGUCCACCCUGCUGCAAACCCUGACGGCCACCAAGGAGACUCGACUCACGCGUCGCGUCCAGCAGCAGCAGCAGCAACAGCAGCUUUCCCGUCUGAGGUCCUCCAGUCCCAGCAGACGUCCCGCUCGUCUUCUGGCACUGCGUCACUCCAGCCGGAGUCCGGUGGCCUUUGGACGUAGCAUCUCCAAGGAGCGCAGCUUCGCCGAGGAGAAGAAGCGACUGGAGAACACCCUGCCAGCUAAUCGCACCAACUUCGAGGCCAGUACUAACAUCCUAAGGGAUCCGUCUCUGAAAUCCCCUCAAGAGGUGCGGGAGGCAGUGCGUUCGUAUGCCACCUCGCGUAGCAAGUCCUUGCCAAGACUUCGUCACACCACAGUGAGCACUACCACCAGACAGACAAUGUGCUUCCCUCAAGUGCGACCGCAGACACUAUUGGACUGUGGCACUCGAUCGCUGAGGAAGUGUUCCUCGAAGGCGGGAAAGGGUCAGGCUAAGAACGGAUCCAAUGACAGCCUGCCCCGGAGCAACUCCACCUUCUCCAUUGACUCGCUGGUGCGUCAGGAGUUUGUGCCCAUUGCCCCACCCAAGACGUAUGUGAGCAAGUCCAGAGGCUCGUCCUCCAAGGCACUGGUUCCACUCCAGAGCAGCCGCAGCGAAGGUCACGUUCCCCGGAAGCGUCUGUCCGGGAAAUCCACCAGUAAGGCACCACCACCACCACAGGUUACUGUGCACUCCUACAGCGAAUCGGUGCGCGAGAAGACGAAUUUCUGGAACGAGUACAAUGCCAAGCAGGCCAUGUCGUUGCCGCAGGAGUACAAGUUCGGUCCGGAGGAUGUGUGCGACUACGCCAGUCAAACGAUCCAGCAGCCGUGCAUCGAGGAUCUCGUGUGGAAGUACGAGGGUAAGGAGCAGCAGCGUCCGCCGAAACAGGUCUCCGUUACGGACAUUGCCCGUCCGCAGUCGCCGCAAUUGGGCGGCAGCCUGCAGGAGCGUCACUUUUCGCCCACGCGGGAGGUGCGGGUGCCCCAGAUCAGCCGGGAGGUGCGCUCACCGUCGCGCCGUCGCAUCGACAGCCUGCGCUCCAAGGACAAAGAGCAGUCGCAGUCGCUGUUGGCCAGGGCCAGCAGUCUCAGUAGUGCCGACGAGCGUCGCAGGGCCACGCCGGCGCCAUCGAAUGGACUCUACCAGUGCGGCGAACUGGCCCACAGCGCCACUUCGCUGACGCACCUGGAGCGGCACAGUCCCAGCUGUCGGUAUCGCAACAACUGCGAGCGUUUCACCGAGCUGAAUCGCUUCUACAGCACCUUGGAGCGAGUGGGUCAGCUGGAGAGGGCCACCUCGUCCAGUAGCUUUCAUCCUUUGAGGAAGGAUGCCGAGCUGCUGGACUUUGACGAAUGGCGACGGGUGCGACUGCACGAGCGCGCCGAAAAGGAGCUGCACUAUCUGGUGGGCAAGCUGCAGGAUGACCAGAAGCAGCGGGAUCUGCACUUCCGUUCCAAGGACGUGGGCUCCAUCAAGUGGCGCCAGGAGGCGGACCAAUCGUUGACGGCCAAGAAGAAGUCCGUGGAAGAUCUGCGCGACAAUUUCGAGCAGCUAAAUCUACUGCGGCAGCAACAGCAACUGCAAUCGGAGCCAGUUCAUCGCCACUGGAGGCGCAACACAGUGGCCGAUCUGGCCAGCAGUCUGGAGCAUCGCGUGGAGGUGGAACCCGAGAUGGAGCGCCAUCUGGACAACGACCUGGUUAGCACCUUGUCCAAGGAUCAGAUCAAGAAAAUCACCCAGCAGCUGAAUGAGAUUUACUCGGGAAAUCGUCAGGUUCCCGGCUCCGUCGAAGAGCAGUAUGUGGUCACCGUGGAGAAGGGCUCCCGACCGAAUGGCCUGAAGGUGCGCUGCAACUCGACCAUCUCCAAGGAUCAGCUCCUGGGUCCCGUUCAGCGCAAGCGGGACGAACAGCAGUCCAACCAGACUCUUCCCCGUGCCACUCGCAGUCAGUCGCCGGUGGUGGUGGCCAGGGAAACCCGUGGCGCCAUUGCGGCCAAGAACGCCGAGCUGACCCUAUUAAAGCCGCCACCCGAGGUGCCACCCAGGCCCAAGCCGGCAGCAAGUCAGGAGGUCAAGGUUAAACCGCCGCCCAAGGCGGAAGCCAAGGUGGAAGCCAAGGUGGAUGCCAAGGUGGAUGCUCGCGAACCGGCCGAGGACAUCAGCCAGAAGAUACAGUACUUCGAGGAUCGGCAAUUCGAUGAGCCACCCAAGACCAUAUACCACGCUCGCGAAGAUUCCUCGCCGGACGAGGCCGAGGUCAUGCGACUGAUCAAUCAGAAUAUGCAGGAACGGCAGCGAGCCAGGCAAGUGCACCAUCAACAUCAUCACCACCAGGAGCUGAGCAACUCGCUGACCGAUUUGAGCGGUGUGUUCGGCGAACGUCCGGCGGCCCGUGUAAAUUUUCACUUGCACAGCCCGCCCGACCGUCCGCCCGACGACACCGAGCUCAUCAGCUUUGGGAACGGAUCACCGGAGCAGCAAGACGACGGCAGUCUUGAGCUCUACUCGGACUCCUACUACCGAUCGCGCAGUCUGUCGCCCCAAUCGCAGGCCUCGGCCUGUUCCAGCUCCUACCUGCAGCGGGUCUACACCGGCGAGGUGCGCAAGAUGCGUCAGCACUUCGAGAGCAUCCGCCAGUCCGGCGAACAGUCGCGGGAGCCAUCCAACGAGCGGCGUGAUUUUUUUGGGCUUAGCUCGCUGCGGAGGGCGCGCAGCGAUCCCGAGAUGAGUGCGGGAUCCAAAGACGCCCCGGACGCCGCUACGGAGGCGGUGUCGAAGCAGAAGGACGAUGUGCCACGCCUCACCCACAAGUUCGAGGUGCGGGCCGCAACGCCGUCGCCGGAGCGCGGUAGAAGGCGGAUGCGAAGUGCCCAGGACAGGCUAAUGCCGCACAUCGAUAUCAUCAGCAAGACGGCGUCGCUGAAGAGGGAACUGCCCAUCCGGUCGAGUCCCACGAGGAGUGUGAGCAGCAACAGUCACUGCUUCGAACGGCUGAGGAAGCGCUACGAGUCGCCGGAGCCACAGACCCAAAGCUAUCUGUCCACCUCGCAUCCGGAUAUGCGGGAUGUGCACGACAUAUCGCCGCACUUGAGUGCCGACUGGGUGGCCCACAGGCAUCCGGAACCCUCGAAGCCCAAGGAGCUGCCCAAGAAGCCGCAGCGGGUGGUGCGGGCCAGCUCCACUUCGCCACUGCGUCCGGCUAAGUCGCAGAGCCAUCAACUGAGCUCCCGGCUAACCAGCUGCAUGAGGGACAUAUUCGCCAACCAGAAGUUCGAUCCCGACAAGCAUCGACCCAAGGCGCGAUAUGUGCCCGAUGGGGCAGAGAAUGGCAAUAAGAAGCCCAAGGAUGGUGGAACUCUGGAGCGCCUCAAGAAGACGGCCAUGGUGACAUUUAAAGAGUCUCCCAAUCGUUACUAUGCCACAGACGUGAAUAUCCACUUCAAGACCCCGAUCAGGCAUGAGCAGCGCCAGAACGUGCCGGAGGAGGAACUAGCCAUUCGCCAAGCGGAGCACAUGCAGAAGCUCUACCACGAGGAGCGCCGCCGCAAGUAUCUACAGGAGCUGCAGGACAUGAACUCGCGCCGCCACACGGACAACUUUACGCCGUCGCAGAAGUCGCCCAUCGCCCUCAACCGCUACGAUGACUUCCCCACGGACGUGACCCUCAAGUCGCUGGUGGGCCCCAAGACGGUGGCCCGGGCCCUCUUCAACUUCCAGGGCCAGAGCUCCAAGGAGCUCUCUUUCCGCAAGGGCGACACCAUCUACAUCAGGCGACAGAUCGAUGCCAAUUGGUACGAGGGCGAGCACAAUGCCAUGAUUGGUCUGCUUCCGGCCAGUUAUGUUGAGAUUGUCAGUCGAGAUGGCGCCCGAACUCCAUCAAAGCGGCCAUCGGAAGGCCAGGCCCGUGCCAAAUAUAACUUCCAGGCGCAAUCGGGCGUCGAGCUCUCCUUGAAUAAGGGCGAACUGGUUACUUUGACUCGCCGAGUGGAUGGAAACUGGUUCGAGGGCAAGAUUGCCAACAGAAAGGGCAUCUUCCCGUGCUCCUAUGUGGAGGUUCUUACGGACAUUGGUGCUGAGGAUAUUGCGGCCAGGACAACGACCGUGAUCACCAGCCAGAGCACCACGAAUCUGCGUCCCAAUCUCGAUGUGCUACGCACAAACAUCAACAAUGAGUUCAACACCCUGACUCAAAACGGAGUCCAGCCACCGAAUGGAAUCCUCAAGGAAACACGGACGCUCCACAAGACGGACGCCCUGCAUGUGGACACCAGUUCCGAGCCAUUGGCGUACCGCGCCCUCUACAAGUACCGGCCCCAGAACUCCGACGAACUGGAGCUCCUCGAGGGGGAUGUGGUCCAUGUGCUGGAGAAGUGCGACGACGGAUGGUUCGUGGGCACCUCGCAGAGGACCGGCUGCUUCGGCACAUUCCCCGGCAACUACGUGGAACGGGCCUAGAGGAGAUCGACCGGAUGCGGAUGAUCGCGGAUAAUCGCGGAUGAUCCUGCCGACCCCCGAGGCGGCGUUCGUCUCUAAUCUUAAUGAAUUUGUAGUCUAAUACGAGGAGGAAUCAGCGUGGCCGGGGCGAAGGCAGUUCUAUGAUUAAUUCUGACUUGGUUAUACUGGAUUAUUUUAUGUUGUUGUUGAAUAAUUCUUAUCCCGCUAAUUCUGCUGCUUUCGUUUUGCCGUAUUUUAAAGCUAUUUAUUUAUUUUUAAACAGAGCAUUAAUUAUAUCAAUGUUGGAACUACGUUUAUUUAUGAGAUGCAAAUAUUAACCAGAAGUUGUACCCUCCACCUCCCCCCAAUCCGACACCCCCGCAUUCACCCAAAACACAAACACACACACACACACCAAAUAUCGAAGGACCUAAAAUAAGUUCAUACAUAUAUAUACUUUGUCGUUUACCUACUAAUUUUAACUAGUCACAGCUAAUUUCCAAAAAACAAAAAUCAAUUACAAAAAAAAAAAAAUGAAGAAGUGAAGACCGUUGAACUAAAGUGCCUUAAAGUUGAAAUUUCAAUAACUAAAAAUAAAACAUAAAACAUAAAAAAAAUGUGCUAGGAUCCAAGGGCCCCUUGUUGAGUCGGAAGUGGAUAAUUAUUAUUGAUAAUUAUUAAUAAUAUUUAUGAUGAUAUUGUCAAGUCCGAACCAACAUAAAACAUUUUAAAAUCAUUACAAAAAGCGUUUAUUACACAGACACUGUUGCAAGCGUAUUAAGUAAAUAAAGAAAAAACUAAAAAAACAA